ACAGAGCCGAGACCGCGUCGCUGUCGUCUCGGCCGCUCUCGCUGAGGCGGCACAGCCAACACAGAGCAAGCGAGAAGACAGCCGCUCCAAACCGCCCGAUCCAGUUCCUCCGCAUUCUGACCCCAUCUCACCACCACAUCAAACACCAUGAGCCGCUACGGCCGGGACCCACGGGAACGAGAUCUGGAGAAGCGGCGGACACACUACGCCGAGCUUGACGAGGAGGCUCACUCCCGCGGCCGCGAUCGGGAAUACCGCGAUCUGGACGACCCUCGAAACGGCGAUGACUAUGGAAGUGGCCGACGAGACCGUUCUGGAGACCGAGAUCGGGGACGAUAUGAUCGCGAUCGCUCCAGGGACCGCUACAGAGACCGAUCAAGAGACCGAGGACGAGAUCAGCCAAGAAACCGCUCUGCAGAAAGGGACCGGGACCGCUCCAGAGACCGACGAGAGACGGCCGCGCGAGCGACGACGUGAAGACGAGGGUCCAACCCGUCGACGACAGCGAUCCUUUUCCAUCGAGCGAGAUGGCAGUGACAACGAGAAGUCGGCCCAGGACGCCAACAUGGAUGCCGAGCCAGAGAAAGAACUGACCGAGGAGGAGCAGAUGAUGAAACUCAUGGGCUUUGGCGGAUUCAAUAGUACCAAGGGAGAGAAGGUAUCUGAUGCCAAUGUCUCGGCCGUGAAUGCUGUCAAUCUGAAGAAGGCUCGAUCAUACCGCCAAUAUAUGAACCGAAGAGGAGGAUUCAACCGACGUCUGUCCCCGACUCGUUAAGACCAGCAUCAACAGUCGGCGUCGCAUCACAGGCCAAUGCUAGCAACUCAACCGCGGACAUCAUCCGUGUGAACAUCGAUUCCCUGCAUAUCCACCAUGGGCCGAUUUC